UCUCAGAUAUUUGUUUUAAAAUUUUAUUUUGGUAGGAAAAACGUCAACAUAGCUGUCUUGUUUUGCUAACAACCCCACAGCUUUCCAUUGCAAACAUUCCGCUCAUUUCCUGCACUGCCCUUUGUAAAUUUUUCGUUCAAUCCUCCAUUAAUUUCUUCCUUGCGUUGCUCUCUUAGGCCCUCUUAUUGUUUUAAAGAUGCGAAGGACUAAUGAGGGGGUGAAAAAGAUGAAAAGGAAAUGUGCAGAAUGACAUAAAAACGCCAACUUGCAGUACCGGACAACUCUUUAGGAAUGCUUUACAGCCAACAAAUCUGAUGCCCCCUUCUCUCUCCUCUCUCUCCCUCUCUCAAAAAACUGUUCUUUUUUGAGUUCGCCAGUUCACACCUGCCACUAUUCUUUGUUUUUUUUCUUUCCCAAUGGGUCGCAAUGCAACAUUUUGCUGAAAAAAGAGGGCUUUUGCUGCUCUGGUUUGUAUUAAAGGGAUUGAGGAGGAAGAAGAUGAUAGCAGGGAACGAAGAAGAGAAAAUCACAGAGAAGAAGAUGAAGAAUGGAAGAAAAUCGCAUCUUUUUCUUCACUAUUAUUCUAUUGUGUCGGCGCUGUGUCGCUAUCAGCCGGCAUUUUAAGCUUUUGGAACGAUGAUUCAGCUCCAUUUUUAGGGGUUUCUGGUACAAUGCAUAAAAUCUCAUAAUUUUGAAGGCAAGCUCAAUAGCGAUAAGGUCGAUCUGAGACCAGAUGUCAAUGACUCUUGCAGCAGCUCUAGGAAGUGCUGCAGGAGCCUUGGCAUUGGUUGUGAUAUUGAUUUUCUUCGUGUGGUACUGUCUUUUUCGUCGGAGAAAUUCACGAACAUCAGAAAGUAACUCAUCAGAGCCAUCCAUACAAGCUGGACAAAGUGUUGAAUUAUCAGUACAAGAGAGUUCUUCAUACCUACCGGGAGUGCAAGGAUCGCGUCGUUUUGGACUAGGAGAACUCAAUAUAGCAACAAAGGAUUUUAGUGAUAUUAAUCUAAUUGGUCAUGGAAUAUUUGGGGAAGUAUACAAGGGUCUGCUUCAGGAUGGAAUGAUUGUUGCUAUUAAAAGAAGGCCAGCUCCUCCCAAUCAGGAUUUUAUUGAAGAGGUACGGUAUUUAUCGUCAAUUCGGCAUCGGAAUUUGGUGAGUCUACUCGGUUACAGCCAGGAAAGUGAUUUGCAAAUGCUAAUCUAUGAGUACAUACCAAAUGGGAGUGUUUCUGCACACUUAUAUGGAGGGAGUCAGGCCUCAGCUAGUAGGCUAGAGUUCAAGAACAGGCUUUCCAUUGCUUCUGGUGCAGCCAAAGGCUUGGAUCAUUUGCAUUCUCUUACUCCCCCUCUGGUGCAUAUGAACUUCAAAACAGGAAAUGUCCUAGUUGAUGAGGACUUUAUUCCAAAAGUGGCAGAUGCUGGACUUCGAAUCUUACUAUAUCGAGUCGAUGGUGUUGCCUCGUCUCAAAUUACACUCGACGAUCCUUUUCUCGAUCCUGGGGUGAGGGAGUUUGGAAGAUUUUCUGUAAAGAGUGAUGUAUAUAGCUUUGGAGUGUUUCUUAUGGAGUUAGUUACUGGAAAUGAAGUUAAAUCCGAGCAAAGCGUCCGAAAAUGGGUUCAAAACUAUGAGGAAACGAGCGACAUUACCAGCAUUGUGGAUCAAAGAAUGAGCAGCAACUUCACCACUGAAUGCGUAAGAGAAUUCCUGCGGCUAAUUGUCUGGUGUUUGAAUCCGAUCGGGGAUGGACGGCCUCCGUCGAGCUAUUUGGUUUCGGAACUCGAUCGAAUUCGCGAGAAAGAGCUGAAUCUGACGACGAUCAGGGGCGAAGGAACGACUACAGUGACUCUCGGAAGCCAGUUGUUCAAGUCGGGUUUGUGAGGGACUCCAUGCGAGUUUUAUGAGCAUGGUCUUGAAGCUUGUAAAGGAAAUAUUACCAGUAAAAGAAUUACAUGUACAGAGAGGAAGCUAUCUGUAUUAUUAUUCUUUUAUGUUUUUUUACCCAUCCAUUGUGUAUUGUGAAAUCAUAAAUGUAAAAAUUAAAAAAAAAAAAUUGUUUUAUGUAUUUGAAUUGAAUGGAAUUAUUAUGGGCUUUGAGUGAACUCAUAAGA